UGUUCAAUUGUAAAACUUUGUAAAUGUAAAUAAACUGCCAUGUAAAUAAUGAUGUAAAUAAAUGUAAAUAAACUGCCAAUUCCUAGUAUACAAUACCAAGGAUCUGCAAAAUGCAUACGUCUAGUAUCACCUUCAACCAGUUCAGGCACUAAGAGGUGCUGCUGUGUUAUCAAACCAAAUGCAUAACAGCACAAUACACAACAACGGCACCAAUCACAUGAUCAAGAUAUCACCAAUCUUUGUAAAAAUAAUUUGAACGAAGGCUCGAGUGGAGUUUGAACCUGUCAUUAAAAAACGGAUGCCAAUGAAAUUCAUACUGUGAUCUUCAUAAUGGGGGAAACUCUUGCUGCUAUCUGUCUGGAAGCCUGCAGUUGGCAGGGCAGAGUUGUUGGACAGGCGCUUCGUCCGUCCACCCGCCCAUUUCCUCGGAAAAAAAGCAUGGCCUCCCGAAGAAAAGGCGAGAAGAAAAAAAAGACGGUGGAGCUCACUGAAGCAAAGAAGCAACAACACUUGGAUGCAGAACCAUCAGAUGGCAGCACCAAAGAACAAAUGGCAUGCAAAAGGAAGAUGAAACCACAGAAAAAAUAUAUAGGCGCUCACGUCUCAAUUUCAGGAGGAAUAUGGAAAGCAGUGGAGUCCAGUGUGGCCAUGGGAGGUCACGCUUUUGCCCUUUUUUUGGGCUCUCAGCGCUCCUGGACAAGACCAGUCCUUGAUUCAAAGGCUGCAGUUAAAUUUCAACAAGCCUGUGCAGAACAUGGCUUCGAUCCAGUACACAUCCUGCCACAUGGAUCUUAUUUGAUGAACUGCGGUUCUCCUAAAGAAGAUGUGUUCAGUAAGAGCCAGGCUAUGCUUGUGGAUGAGCUGAGUCGCUGCGAUGCAUUGGGCCUCAGCCAGUUUAACUUUCACCCUGGAGCUGCUAUGGACUCCAGCCCUGAGAAAUGCAUGGAGAAAAUCGCCCAAGCUAUUAAUCAUGCACACCAGCAAACCCCUGCUGUCAUUACAGUGCUUGAAAACAUGAGUGGUCAGGGCAGCACCAUCGGUGGGCAGUUCAGUGAACUAAAAGGCAUAAUCGACAGAGUGCGUGACAAGACACGGGUCGGGGUGUGUCUGGACACUUGCCAUGCUUUUGCUGCAGGCUAUGACAUUUCACCACCGGGAGGAGUAAAGAAUAUGCUUGAUGAAUUUGACCGCGUGGUUGGGCUGCAUUAUUUAAGAGCUGUUCACUUAAACGACUCUAAAGGGAAAUUAGGCUCCCACCUGGACCGCCAUGAAGACAUUGGACAUGGCCAGAUAGGUAUUACAGCUUUCCAAGAAAUUGUAAACGAGCCUCGACUGGAUAAUAUCCCUCUGAUUCUAGAAACUCCCGGUCGCCAGGGUUUCGAGUAUGCUGAACAGAUAGAGCUCCUGUACUCCCUUUGUGAAAAAAAGGUGAAGAAAUAGACAUCUACUGGGUGGAAUAAACCUUGUCCUGCAUUUUAA